AUGCUAAUUUCAUCACCGUUAUACCUCUCGACAGCCGCCGUCUUUUCGAUAGUGGGGCUAUCAUUUGUGGUCUUUGCCGUAGUCACUGACAACUGGAUUGAAGUUCAGGUGAAUCGGAGAGAAAUCCUCAAUUCGUUCAAACGAGAGCCUGAAUUGGGAUUGCGUCUACAGAAUGCAUUGGGACACAACAUUAUCUACUUCUCCCGCAACUUUGGUCUUUUCAAUCUCUGCUUCCCUGAUACCGUUCCACAAGAUAUCGGAAGCUUCAUCAAGGCUGGAUCAAUCUGCAUAUGGAAUAAUGAUUUCAUGGUUCCUGAAUCCAAAAAGGAACAUUUCUCGAAUAACGAAAUCUACCGUCAUUAUGCCGCUAAGGCCACCAUCGUCGGUUACCUCAUUGGUAUUGUUUUCGUCGUGUUGAGCUUCAUUAUGGGACUCAUUGGAUGCUGGAACAGAUCGAAAAAGUUCAUCAUGGGCACAGGAAUUCUUAUGAUCUUGGCAGCACUUUCCAUGUCGAUCGCUAUGCUUCUCUGGCAUUACGUUGCUUACAGUGAGAGAUACACUCUUAAUGUUGAACCAUACUACCAAUCUUGGGAGCCAGUUCUCAAAUUGACAUCUCGCCACAACUACGGAUGGUCAUACAUUGUCUCAUGGAUCGGAAUUGGCAGCAUCGUUCUUGCCAGUAUCUUCUUUUUCUUCGCAUAUUUGGCAGUAAAGAAAGAGGAAGAGAAUGCUUUGACAGCUAAACACGGCGCCUACAUGAUGCCAAACUACUACGACAAGGGAGCUGGAGCCAUUGUACCAUACAACUACAACACAUAUGCUGGUUACGGAAACUACCCAUAUUACAAUCAGUACAAUACCGCUGGCUACUACGGAUAUAUGACAUAUGGACGCUAA